AUGGUCCUCUGCCUCUUCCAUGUAAGAACGCCAAGCUAUAUAUAUAAUUUAGCAAAUAAUAAAUUCAACGGUGAGAUCUCAGUGGAAAUUGGAGAAAGACUCUCUACAGUGUCCUUAGUUUGGUUAUCUGGUAAUGAGCUUAAAGGGUCGAUUCCAUCUUCUAUAUGCUCCAGAGAACUUGGAUUAUACUCUAAUAUUCAAUAUCUAGAUCUCUCCAACAACAAAUUAUCUGGGAUUAUACCUACUAGUAUAAGGUUCUGUGAUUCUCUUAUAUAUCUUAAUCUCGCCACCAACAACUUCACUGGUAAUGUUCCGAAAGAACUUGAACAAGCAAACAAACUGCAAAUUCUUCAAUUAAAUGACAACAAUUUUGAUGGUACUCCUCUUCAUUUCAUCGGUAAACUUCACGAGUUGGUAGUUCUCAACUUAGCGAAUAACAACUUUGGAGGAAGUAUAUCCACCUUGUCUGCAGCUUCACUAAAUAAUCUUCAGAUUCUCUCUUUAAGAUCAAAUAAUUUCACUGAGUCAAUCCCCGAGGAUUUGUUUGAUUUACAUCUACUCCACCUAUUAGACCUAUCGGGAAACAACCUUACCGGGUUAAUUCCUAAGAAAAUAGGUAACUUAACAAUGUUAAGAAGUAGACCAUCAAAAAAUAGAAGAAUAAAAAUAAUGUUAAGAAGUAGAUCUAGUUAUACGUUCUCACUUUUCAGGGAUGGUGGUGGGUAUCCAAGUCAUUUGGAAUUCCAGAUGACGAGCAAAGGGAUCAUGAUGCAAUAUGAGAAUUUGCAUACCUACAAUUCAGGAAUCGAUUUAUCGUCUAACAUUUUUGAAGGAGAAAUUCCAAAAGAGAUAUGUCUAUUAAAAGAGCUUUCCAUGCUAAACCUAUCACACAAUCGCCUCUCAGGUAACAUCCCACUGAAUGUUGGAAGUAUAACAAAUUUAGAGUCCUUGGAUUUGAGUUUCAACAAGUUGUCUGGACCUAUCCCAGUAUCUUCAACUUCGUUGGAUUUUCUUGGCUACUUGAACCUAUCCUAUAAUAACUUGAGUGGCAGGAUACCAAGAGGACUUCAUUUUGAUACAUUGAGUGAAGAUGGUUCGGCAUAUGUCGGUAAUAGUUUUUUGUGUGGGUUCCCCAUUAAGAACAUAUGCGAGAGCAAUCAGAGCAGUGAUACUAGUGAUUCUAAUUCUUUAGACGAAAAUGGUCAAAAUGAUACAAGAGAUAAGUGGUAUUUUUAUGGUAUUCUUGCUUUGGGGUUCAUAGUUGGAUUUUGGGGUCUGUUCUUUGGUUUGCUUAUGAAUAAAGAGACAUGGUGGUUUGGAUAUUGGAGAGCUGUUGAUAUUGUUGUAGUCAAAAUUGUACAAUUUUUCGCGAAAGAUUGA